GUUUUUUAAGUACAGACUAUCGGUUUCUCUCGCUCCCUCAUUUUUCCCUCCUUAUUUCCUUCUCAUUCUCUCUCUGAUAAACCCUAAUAAUAAAGAUUUAUAUUGGGGAAGUCAUUCCAAUUCUUCUUCAUUAUUUCUCGGAUUAACUCAAUUUCAUCUAUUAUUUGAUCGAGUACACUCUCAUUUUGGCAAAUUGGGGAAGACAGUAUUACUUCUUAAGGUUUUAAAUUCUGUUUAUCAAAGUUGUUAUGGAACAGCAACCCUUAGUCAAAGUCUCAUUUCGUCUUGGGUCAGAAGUUCACACAUCUGGUGGAAGUACAGGCUGUUUAUCUGAACAAUUGAUUUCAAUGAAAGAAGAAAGCAUGAACAUACUCAAGGAAUAUAUCACCAAAAAUAAUGCUCCAGCCGAUGUUCCAGAUGAACCACUUGAAGGCUCUUCAGGAGACGAAGAUGAGAUCUCAAACAAGCCCAAACCAAAGAAGCGAAAGUGAUGUACUGUUGCUAACUUGUAGGGAAACAAACGGCAAACUUGUGUUGGUGGUCGUGACGACGUGAUUGCGCUCGCGCAAGGGCUGAGCUGCGCGGGGCUGCAACUCACUGCUUUUGCAACCUCAACAUUGUUAGCCAAUACCAGCACAAGCAAUGCCCAUAUUGCCAUGUUCAUCAAAGAUGGCCUCAUGUUUAAGUCUCUUUUGGGGUUUAUAUACUCUUAUUUGUUGUUGGUUUUUGGGGUUUGGAUUUCAUUUGUGAUUGUAUUUAUAGAUAAGAAAAGGGUGUUUUUAUUGUUGCAAAGUCCUACUUUGUGGACUGGAUUAUUAUGUGUACUUGAAAUAUUUUGGAGUUUUCCUGUGUGAGUAAUUAUAUUUUGGGUCAUCAUGUCCUAACUAAUCA